GCUCUGUGUAGCUGUCCUCUUUACAACAGCACCAGAGUGCGCUGUAAGCGACUUCGCAAGAAUUCCACCAGCACCAAAAUAUACACCCUCCUGGUAUUAUUACAAUCAGUAUCUGAUAUAGAUCUUUAAACAUUUAUAAUGGCAAGCACAGGAUGGAGGGUUGUCCAAGCUCAUGUGCCUCUGAUAAGAUUUCGCAAAGGUGGUAUUAACAAAGUUUCUGCAGGAGUAAUAGCUGCGCCAUCUGGAUCAGUGUCGUCAACAGCUCAAAGAUCUCAGGGUGCAACUGGGCCCAAUGUUAUUUCUCUGCCAACAAUUGAUGAUUUCCAAUUGCCUUUGCGUUUCAAAAGAAGAGCCAUAGAUCAGAAGGAAAUUGAUUUUAUCAAUCGUGGUGGUCCUGAAUAACUUGACUAAUGUUUCAUAAAGAAAACUUAGCUCAUCGCUAAAUUAUACGAAAUUGCAUUACUCAUCGACUCAUCUAUUCGAUAAUGUACUCUGCAAACUGUAAAUAAAUAGUUAACGAAGAAUAAAAUGAAUCUGACAUA